AAAGUUCAAGGGGUAUGAAUACUUUUUCAAGGCACUGUAUGUCUGACCAGAUUAGAACAGAAGGCAGACAAGGUUUGCAUGGAUAUAACUCAUCCACUUUCAGUGGAAUUCAAGCCGCUCCCUUCUGGUCGUAGAUAUAGAUACCCCAACGUCAGGACAAACUUGGGCAAAAAACUCAUUCACUCCCAUGGCAAUAACUCAAUUAAAUAAGAUGUGCGGAGGGGUAAGACUAGAAGAAUAUCUGUAGCACUGUGCAGUAUUUUCCUUUAUGUAUGAUAUUAGGCCUUCUGGGGAAGUGCAAUAUACUUCUUAUUGUAUUCUAUUUAUGGAUGUGUAUUGAUGAAUAGUGGUGUAGCAAAGCGCAGUAGUUUUAUUUAUUUAUGGCAUUAGGCCUUUUAGGGAAGUGCAAUACACUAUACGGUAGUUUUACUUAUUAUAACAUUAGACCUUUAGGCAAGUGCAAUAUACUCCUUACUGUAUUCCACUCAUUGAUGUGUGCAUGUUAUGCAUUAUUCUUUUAUGAUAUUAGGCCUUGUAGGGAAGUGCAGUAUACUCCAUUUCAUUGUACUGUAUGUUAUGUGUUAGAUGAAUAGUGCUGCAGAUGUCUACUAAAUGUCUGUUUUGUCUGUUCUGUCAUAUCCCUGUACUGUACAACAAAUUGCCUUUCGGGGACGUUAAAGUUUUCUAAGUAAGUCUUUUUCGGUCUCUCUGCCGAUCUGCUUCCGUCACUUUCUCUAACCACAGGGCAUUUCUUUAAGUCGGAAAAGACAAAAGAAUGACUUUCCUUAGAAAUCAGUUUCAAAGAACCACCACAGGCACUGUUUGUUUGGACAUCACUGUCUCCAGAAUGGUCCUGUUUAAAAGCCAGUGGACAUGCUGCCCAUAGAACCUCUGCUCGUUCUUCUGAGCUGCACAAGAGAAAAGCCUUCACCUGAUUGUCCGGAGAGAAAAUCCUGACAACGUCACAGCCAUCCCUGUGGCUGGGAGUCUCACAGAGCAACAUCCAGCUGUGCUUUCUGUGUGGGAGGGGCAGACUCACUGUCCUCUGUCCAUCACCGCAACAAUAACCAAUCAUGGCUGGCAGAUAUCACUUUGUGUCGUAUGCUACCCCAUGAUGCAGUAUGAGCAGCAGUUUGGGGAAAAAAUGUAAUUGGCUGUUUUCAUGAGUCUCAGAGAAAGGAUGAGACCCUUCCUCCUCCCCAGCUAGUCCUAUGAUGGGGAGAGCUGGCUCCUGGGUGGAAAUUGGCAAAGUCUAAAUUGGGGGGGGGGAGCUCUGUUCAUUGCUCUGAUUCACCUGCAUCAGGAAGGACACAGUGUUAUGAGUAAUGAUGUAAGUAACAGGUUUUAUGAAGACCAGAUAACCACCUGUGGUCAUGAGACUCACCUGGCUAAUGUGUGCCAAUAAUGUCAUGAGGAAAAGGUCUUCUGACUAACCAGAAAGGUGCUGAGAGAUGACUGUUGCACUCAUCACUGUGAGGGGUAGCGUUCAGCAUUAACCUGGAGAGUGUGCACGGUGACCUCCAGGUAGCAGCAGCACAGACAUCUCGAUAGAGCACACCUCUGAGUACUGCCCAUGAGGAGGAGACACUACUUGUAAGGUAGGAUGUCAUGGUGGUGGGUGAGCAUCUGUAAAUCCAAUGGACCAACCUGUGGCUUUAUGACUUUCCUUCAGAUGAGUUGCCUCAGUGAGGCUGACUGUGGAUAGGUAAAGUGAAGAGUCGCUGAUCCCGAGGGCGAGAUUGACCACGUUAAUUACAGCUGGUUCUGAAGACUGUCUCUCCCAGGAAUCUGAGAGAGCAAGGUGAGGUGAUGGUGGAUCAUCAUGUUCCAAAGGAGAAAGAGACAGUGAUAGAGAGAGAGUUUCAGCGUGUCACCAUCUCUGGAGACGAGAAGUGUGGGGUGCCAUUUUCUGACCUGGCUGAGUCGGCAGUGUGCAUCAUUAAGGCACUGUUUAUUCGACAGAAGUACAUGUGCGUAUCAAUGCAGGAUUUCUGCGGAACCACGGCCCGUCUGCUGCAGCAGCUCUCUCACACACACACAGCACAGCACUGGAGCUUCAACAAGGAUGUUCCUGAGAAUGGAGCUGCCCCAAUGCCCUCCCCAGUGUCGGAGACACAUCCGUAUGAGGGUCAGGAGUGCAUCACUCUCCCCCCUGACCUCGGCUACAGCUGCAGCAUGGAGCAUGGCGUUGUACACAUCUACACCUCCCACACACACAGUACAGAGUUGGACCUUCCGUAUCCAGACCUGCAGCAGUUUAUCACUGAUAUGAACUUUAUGAUGGCGCUUAUCAUCAAUGGCCCAGUGAAGUCUUUUUGUUACCGGCGGCUGCAGUACCUCAGCUCUAAGUUCCAGAUGCACAUCCUGCUGAACGAGCUGAAGGAACUUGCUGCUCAGAAACAGGUUCCUCAUCGAGACUUCUACAACAUUCGUAAGGUAGAUACACAUAUCCAUGCCUCAUCCUGUAUGAAUCAGAAACACCUGCUGCGGUUUAUAAAGCGAGCGAUGAAAAAGUACCCUGAUGAGGUGGUGCACAUGGAGGAUGGGCGUGGUCAAACACUGAGUGAGGUCUUCCAGAGCAUGAACCUGACGGCCUACGACCUGAGCGUCGACACACUCGACAUGCAUGCGGACCGGAAUACCUUUCAUCGAUUUGAUAAGUUUAAUGCAAAGUACAACCCAAUCGGAGAGUCAAUACUGCGAGAGAUCUUCAUCAAAACUGACAACUACAUCCAGGGCAAAUACUUUGCCCAUAUCAUCAAGGAAGUGAUGUCAGACCUAGAGGAGAGUAAGUACCAGAAUGCUGAGCUACGUCUGUCUGUUUAUGGACGAUCGAGAGACGAGUGGGACAAACUGGCAGAAUGGGCCGUCACACACACUGUCUACUCAGACAAUGUCCGCUGGCUCAUCCAGAUCCCACGCCUGUAUGAUGUGUACCGCAGUAAAAGACAGUUGGUGAAUUUCCAGGAGAUGUUGGAGAACAUCUUCCUGCCACUGUUUGAAGUGACGAUCAACCCACACACACACCCAAAAUUACACCUGUUUCUGCAGCAUGUGGUGGGCUUUGACAGUGUUGAUGAUGAGUCGAAACCAGAGCACCAUGUGUUCAGUUUGGAUAGCCCUCGCCCUGAUAACUGGACUGAGGAAGAGAAUCCCCCAUACUCCUAUUACUUGUACUACACCUAUGCUAACAUGACCGUACUGAACCACCUGCGCAGGAGGCGGGGCUUCCACACUUUUGUGCUGCGGCCUCACUGUGGAGAGGCAGGGCCUAUUCACCACCUGGUGUCUGGAUUCAUGCUGUCGGUCAACAUCUCACAUGGCCUGAUGCUCAGGAAGGCCCCUGUGUUGCAGUACCUGUAUUACCUGGCACAGGUGGGCAUCGCCAUGUCACCCCUCAGCAACAACAGUCUAUUUCUCAGUUACCAUAGAAACCCGUUACAUGAGUACCUGUCACGCGGCCUCGUGGUCUCUCUCUCCACCGAUGAUCCACUGCAGUUCCACUUCACCAAGGAGCCCCUGAUGGAGGAGUAUAGUAUUGCUGCCCAAGUCUGGAAGCUCAGCUCGUGUGACAUGUGUGAACUAGCAAGAAACAGUGUGCUGAUGAGUGGUUUCUCACACAAGGUGAAGGCUUCAUGGUUGGGGGUGGGGUACAGGCACGAGGGUCCAGAUGGGAAUGAUAUCCGCCGCUCCAACGUUCCAGACAUUCGUCUUGCCUUCCGACACGAGACUCUGUGUGAUGAGCUGCAGCUCCUUACCCAUGCUGCACACAUACAGGAGGCGGGGCCAGAAGAGGAGACUCCACCUUCCAUGGGACCAAUUAGAAAUUAAAAUUCUUCAUCCUUGUUUCCUUUCCUCUCUUUUCUAUUCAUCCAUUUCCCUCCCUGCAUCUGGGUGUGGUUUUCUCAGGGCUCUGGAUCAGAAUGUUCUUCACCAAACCCUAUACCCCCCCCCCCCCCCCCGUACUCCAGGAGCUUCUGACCCCAAGUGAUUUCCAUUACACACGUACAGUAAAUACACUCUGUGUAAAUGACUAUACCCCUGACCCCCCCUUCUCUCUCAAGAUUGCAUUAACGCAGAAAUCGUGCAUUUUUACGCAAAAAAGCCCCUUAUGUUUAGACUUUCAAUGUAUCCUGGGACGCAGGGCUCCUACUUGAAUUUUUCCUGAUUGCCUUGACAAAUCUGUUCAAUGAUGUUUAACAAACAAAGCAAAAGUCAAAAGAACGAAAAGGUUACAACAUCUGGGUCACUUUCAUGUGUCAUUGCAACUGCGGAUUUGUUUGUGGCCAUGUUGCCUGGUGAGCUUGUGGUUGCCAGUGACUGGCACAAAUGUGCAUGAGUGAUUAUAAGCCCAAUUCAGUCCAUUUACAGAUAAACCUGUAGAAGUUCCAUCUGAAAAAACAAUGCCAGAGACCUGUAGUGCUUUUGGAUGGAAUAACAGAGGUGGAGAUAAACCUUGUUUAACUUUUCACUGCUUCCCGGUGAAACCAGAAAGAUGAGAAAGAUGGCGAGCUGAAGUUAAACAGGAAGACUAGAUGAUAAAAACAUUCCUGCGUGUGUGGAGAACAUUUUAUCUCAGGUUAGAGUGAAAGCUCUGUGCAGUAUUAAAAUGUAGAUCUGCCUGUGGGCUUUGGACGUGAUAUAUUUUACUAGACCUAAUGCUUGGCUUGACUAGCAGCAUGUUUAAGUACCAAUAAUGUAGACUUGGCUAAAUGCCAUAAAAUAUGCUAGAUCUCAGCCCUGGCUUGUUUAUUACUGUUAGAAGUCUAUGUUUGAGCUUGCCUUUGUCUUUAUAAGGUCUUUCUCUUGAUCAUGAAUUUCCCAAAACGUUCCAGCACGAAACCUGCUUGAAAUAUCAGUCGGCAUCUGUACUUUUGUCUGCUUUUAGCAUCUCCGGUGUAUUUAGAAGUCCAAACGCUAAAUAGAUCAAAUCCAGUAGCUGGUUUGCCGUACACUUUUCACGUGGAAUAAAUACAUUUGUGAGUAAGAACAAGCCUUAUUUUUAAAUUGUCAUGUAAACUCGAGCACAGCGAACUUCCUCUUCUGCAUUUAGUCCAUCUGAAACAACGAACACACAGGUGCAUGCACAAACACAGAGAGAGAGAGAGAGCACAGUGUGCAGAAGCAGGCAUCACAGAUCUAUAUUUACCCACAAAUGUAUUUACAUUUGUGGGUAAAUUAUAUAGAUCUGUGAUACCUGCUUGUUUCAGCUUUUGGAUGCAACACCAUCUGCUGAAAUAAAAUACAUUUUUAAUAGUUUCAGAGAGAUUGUACUGACUGCAGUUGUCUUGAUUUUGAUUAUUAACCGUUGCAGACGUUUCUUUGUUUGCCCGGCCGUAUGGUGGACACCGCGUGAUAAACAAAAACGUGACGUUACUGAAAGUCCUCUAUAUUCUAUUCCAGGUUAAACACUCGCAAAGAAUGACUGACUAAAAAACCUUUAACUUCGUGGAUUAUCAGUGAAAAAAUGGCAAGAUCGUGGCCACACACUGCGACUGUAUGGCUCUAUAAAUAUGUAAAAACUAUCUGAGUGUUCUAUAUAAAAGUGUAUAAAAUAUUUGUGCCAGGGACCCCAAUUUAGCCAGUCAUGUGGGUCCCUGGACCCAGAAUAUAACAUUGCUGUACCAUCCCUGCUCUCUCUGUUGGUCUCUCUCUGCAAUAGUUUUGUCUGUUUCUUCAAUAUACAGAAGUUAGACAGUACUGAUUUAUAUAAAUUGAAUCCUGUAUGAACUAUAAGAGUUUAGACAUUAGAAUAUGCAGUAAAGCUGAAGUAGUUUUUAAAUCAGUAAUUUUUGUUGAGUUAGUAGCAUUAGGAGGAGCAGUGAGGAGCUCAGGUUAAUUGUGAAGCUCCUAAAGUUGGGUGAGAAGAUGCAAACAGCUUCAUCAGGAGCACUGUUCAUUAGCUCACCAGCUGUAGGGCAAUGAGCUAUUGCCAUCAGGCGGCGUCAGUCCACAAUUCACAAAAAUUGCUACUCCUCCCUGAGUUUUCACUGGAUUUUGAUUCUGAUGAUUGGUUUGGAAGAUCUAGUCAGUCUGCACAAAAGUUACUCCCUGGUUUUGUGGUUGGUACGGCCGUGUGAGCUACUGCGUUGCUGACACUCUGGUUUAAAACAUCAGAUCGCUUGGGUUUAUGGAACCUGUUGAUCUGACAUCAUUCCACAUGUGAUAUUUUAUGGUGAAAAUUAUUCCUUAUUACAAUAGUAAAUUUAUAAAACUGAAGAAACAUUUUUUUUAUUUACCAGCAGACCGGUAGUGUGCGUCUCAAACCCAGGUUCUGCUGCCAAUCAAUCAUUCACAAACACCAAAACACUUACUGCAUUCAGAACAUUAUAAAUUAAUGUAGUUCAAAUAAUAUAACUACACUGUAUGGAAUCACAAUUACAUUUUUAAUAAAAUCUUUACAUUUUCAGUCUCUCUCACUCGCUUGUAAUUUGAUUAGUUGUAAUGUUGAGUGUUUACUCAGAGGUGUGAUGAUGAUCACCUUCUGUAACAUUUCCUCAUGCACAGCAUUGAGUUAAUGGGUUUUAGCUGUAGCCACCAUCACACCUGUAAAGAUACUUUUCAAAAAAACAAAAAUAAAACAUGGCUUCCUCUA